AAUCGGGUUGCAACUGAAACACAGUAUUGGGCGAUGAAGAUCCCGGAUCCAAGUCGGCCCGCUUCCCGACACCCUACACUACAGUCUACAGAGCUCCAACUCCAUUUGCAUUUCCAUUUCUAUUUCUCUCCCAACUCUCUCUCUAAUUACUAAACAAAUCGAAAAAAAUGGCAGCAAUAACCCGAUUAUCUAGAAGACUAUUGGCCCGCAGGCUCUCCACCUCGGUUCCGGGCCGGGCUUUCUCAGCUCAAUCGGCUGAAAAAGUGACUCCACCGGCUCCGCUCAUCAGGGAGUCACCGGAUCGAGUGAAAUGGGACUACCGGGGCCAGAGAAAGACCAUACCUUUGGGGCAGUGGGCCCCCAAGAUCGCCGUAGACGCUUACGUCGCGCCCAACGUCGUCUUGGCCGGCCAAGUGGUCGUCUGGGACGGCGCUUCCGUAUGGAACGGCGCCGUUCUGCGCGGCGACCUUAACAAGAUUUCCGUUGGCUUCUGUUCCAAUGUGCAGGAGCGCUGCGUUGUACACGCCGCUUGGUCUUCUCCUACAGGGUUGCCAGCCGAAACACUAAUUGAGAGGUUUGUUACAAUUGGCGCAUACAGUCUCUUGCGCUCCUGCACAAUUGAGCCCGAAUGCAUUGUUGGGCAGCACUCCAUUCUCAUGGAAGGUUCCAUGAUGGAAACACAUUCCAUCCUUGAGGCUGGAUCCGUGGUUCCUCCGGGAAGGAGAAUACCAAGUGGGGAACUCUGGGCAGGAAAUCCUGCAAAGUUUGUGAGGGCUUUGACUCAUGAGGAGACACUCGAGAUCCCUAAACUUGCUGUCGCAAUAAACGACCUGAGCAGAAGCUACUGCUCCGAGUUUUUGCCCUAUUCAACUGUAUAUUUGGAAGUUGAGAAGUUGAAGAAAUCUCUAGGUAUUUCCAUCUAAAGUGUGUGAUGUUAUGUUGCUCUUUUUUUGCAAGAAAUAAGCAACCAUGAGACUGAUGCGAGGCGUUCAACCGUUCCUGCGUAGUGUCUUUCGUUUAGCAUGCCACCAUCAAAGAAAAUGGUUUAUUGACUUGUUUGAUUUUUGCCAGUUAUGCACUUCAUAUCAUCUUCUUCCUAUAAUGCUUGUAGCUUUUUAAAAUUUGAAUUUCCUUUUCUUUCCCAUGAUUUAUGUGUCGCAAUUGUUGAAUUCAAGGUUGGGCAACUUAGUCCAACUAAUUGUAUUAUUACGUGUAUUCCUAAUGGGGUGGAUUUUGAUGGUUGCUUGCCAUCCGAUAAUAAUAACGCAUAAUAGUAAACCACGUUUAUGAAAA